AUGUUCGUCCAUCCACACUUAUCCACAACCCAGGGCGCUCUGUUCCACUCUGCUAAACGUCCUCGCCGAAACACAACACAAUCAACAUACACCGAGUACACACAGAGGAGCCCACAGCACGCCUGGUUCGACCAACAACACCACCACCACCAUCGGCCUACAAGGGUCGCUGACCCUACAAUACAAGCAAGCAGCCUGCCAAGAACGGUGCCGCGCAGCGGCCACCACGACGAAAUGAUUGUAGACAGCACUUCGAUCUCGUACAUUUCUGACGUCGCCGCGACCGCGCGAAACCUCUACCGUCGCGCAAAAAUCUCUGGUCCGGAAUUCUCAGACAUCGCGACAAGUGUGCGUCCUCUGCACUCGGUCCUCAAGCACUUGCGCGCCGAGGCAGAGGACCCAGACAGUCUCCUGAACAGCGACGGACAGGAGUCCUCGGUCUACGCCCGCCAACUUACGCCAAUAGUCGAGGAUACCGACUUCACGCUCAAGCAGUUGGAUACAAUCCUCGAGAAAUAUGGCUCUUACCCCAGCGAUUGCGAGAAUCCCGAGUAUGGGCGAAGAGACAGGGCAAAUAGUAGUGCCAAGCGAAUGGAGGACCGCGAGAGGGAUAUGGUGGCUCUGAUAAGGACCAAGCUGGCGAACCAAAAGACCAAUAUCGACAUAUUCCUAGACACCGUUCAGCUGCACAAUCCCACAAGGCAGCACAAGCCUGUCGACCUGGCGCGUGCAGACGACCAGCAGAUGAACAAGAUCAAGGACAAGGUUGAUGUCGUUGCUGCACGCCUAUUCCAACGCAGGGCCAGGGCGUUGGCCUCGGGCGAUGUCGCUCAUGAGAGCGAGGAUCAAAUGUGGCAGCAGUUCUGGGCUGAGCUGGUCAAAGAGGGCUUUUCCAGCGAUGUCCUCAGGAAGCACAAGGAAGUUCUGCGCGCUUACAUACGUGAGCUGGACUCGAAUGGUUUCUUGGAUGACAAACCUCCUUCAGUCCGUGGGCUUCUAGACCAGCAGCUGCCGCAAGGUCGCGGCAACGGUGCAUAUGCAGCUCAGCAAUACGUGCCAUAUUCGGAGGCGCCUGCAUACGGGGCUCGCCAACCGCAGCAGCAUGGGUCCUCACCCUUGCCACCGCCAGUGGAGAUCACCCCGGCCUCGUACCCAUCAAAUUCGCAUGGCGAGACCAUGUCUCCCAAAGAAAUGGUCUCGCCCAGCAUGGACAACGAGAAGUUCAUGCCCAGUGUGAAGCUCGAACGACCACAGCCAGACCAGUGGCCUGCUCAUGGAGAUGGCCGUUCACCCACCAAAUCGGGGUAUAACCCCUUCGUUCCGCAAAGCCAUCAAAAUGGAAUGCCUCCCCCGCCAACAAGCAUGGCGAUGCAAACCUCCUACGAGCGGUACUCGUCUGAUUCAUCUUCAGAUUCGGGCUCAACAGACUCACAACAACUGGCCCUGAUCUCCACCCAGGAUCUUAUGGCUCUGGACCGAAAUGAAGCCGACAAUCUUUCAGCUCGCAUGGGCGGACUUGGUCUCUCACCGGCGCUGAUUCCCACAAACUACGGCGUCUCGCCGGGCACUUCUCCUAGUACACGAUAUCUCCCGCCGCCGGUCAACACCCUUCCGGUGGACCAUCCUCUCAGCUCCUCGCCGCAGUCGCAGGCUCUUCAGGGCGCCGCGCCACGUUAUGUCCCACCACUACCGGGGUACGGAAGCCCAACGGGCUCUAGCAUGACGCCGCCACCUCCUUAUGCGUCCCCAAACACGCAAGGCGUCGUACCAAUCCCCUUUCCCUCCUCAGCGCCGCCCACCUCGGCACCAGGCUUCCCACCCCCGCCUACAUCGGCGCCCCGACCUCAGCGGUAUUCCCGCCUCGCUCCAGACAGCGUUGGCAAUGAAAUCCCUCUCGAUGCAAAAUGGACUCGUAUCAAGCGAAGCCUAGUGUCGACCGAGGUUCUUACCAAGGCGGGUGUACGAUACGAGGCAAGGCCGGACUUCGUUGCCGUUCUUGGUGUCUUGACCAAAGACCAGAUCGCAGAUUUUGCGAGAAAAACUGCAGCUUUGAGAGCUGGUCGAGGCAGGGGCCACUCAGACCCCAAACAUAGACAAACUGCAUAUUACCCCGAAGAGAAACGCAACACAAACGGAAGGAGGCAUCUUCAACACUCGGAGACGGAUAGCGAGACUGAUUCUGAGGAUAUCAUCUGGGACGAGUCAGACACAACUGAUUCUGGGUCCCGCGAUCGAUCAGGGUCGCUGACGGACAAGUAUAUUCCUCGUGACCACCGUCGACGACGCAACAGAAGGGCUUCAACCAACUCCACUAUACAAGAGGAACCAGAGCUCGAAGAGAAGGCAGACCGCAAGGGCCAUAGGGUCUACCCGGUCAUUGUGGAAAAGACAUCUCCGGCAGCCGUAACUCAGCCAAAGCCUAUUCUCAAGAACCGUAACGAGAACCACGUCAGGUUCGACGAAGACGGCCCGAGAGAGUUUGCUCCCGGUGAGCUGGAGAGUGAAAGGGAGCGCAAGGAGCGCAGAGAACGGAGGAGAGCAGAGAGGGAGAAGGACAGUGAGCGGCGCCGCAGAGAUCGCGAUAGGGAUCGUGAGCGUGGCGGCGACCGCGACCGCGAGAGGGACCGCGACAACCGUGACAACCGCGAGCGAGAGCGAGAUCGUGACAGAGAGCGAGACAGGCAGCAUCGUGACCGCGACCACCAUUCCUCACACCACCGUCCGCGUGACCGGGUUGCAGAUCGUGAACGUGACCGGGAACGCGAACGCGAACGCGACCGUGACGAGGCACGCGACAAGCGCCGGGUCAAGAAGCGUGUCUGGGGCGAGACCCUCGGUGCCGUUGGAAUUGGCGGCGCUGCGGCAUCGCUCCUGGGCGUCCUGACUGAGGCUGCGUCUGGGUUGUAA